AUGACUGCUUUCCCAGCUUGGAUGGGCGGACUUCCCUACCGGUCCGCUUCUGGAGCAUCACCAUCAUCAGGAUCUAAGUCAACUAUAAUAGUCCACAUCAAUGAAUCGGCAGCUGCAUCUUCAUGUUCCAUCCUUCGCCGCCGCUCACCGCACUCUUCAUUUGGAUAUUUCGAAAAAAUAAAUGCGCAAAACAUAACGCACUUCAAUCUCGAUUAUGGAAGACCAACGCCAUGUUCAAUCCACAGCCAUAACCGUAUCCAUGAUGGUCCAAAAUCACAACCGAACCCUGCGACUCCAAUGGCUAGAGUCGCCAAGUUCUUCCACAUGGAAUGGCAAUACAUUGCUCGAGGACGGCUAACGCAGUCCAGGAUUGCGGCAUUUUGUUCAGGUCCAGUAUUAGUUAUUGGGGCGGUUAUAUUGCUGGAUUUCUUCUUGGAGUUUAGAGCCAGAAGGAGACGAGACACGCAAGUGGCAACAGAAAAGGAUGAAGAAGAUUGGGGAACAGGACUUUAG